AUGGACGCGAAAAUUGUUGAGAAUUUCACACCGAACCGAGAUUGCGGAGCAUCUUCCAGCUUAGUGGUCAAGUUUGCUGACACUGAGAAGGAAAGACAACUGAGGCGUAUGCAACAGAUGGCCGGCAAUAUGAGUCUGUUGAAUCCAUUCGUGUUCAACCAGUUCGGGACUUAUGGCACCUAUGCCCAAGUCAUUACUGAACAGCAACAAGCGGCGUUGAUGGUUGCUGCCACUGCGCAAGGAUACAUAAGUCCCAUGACUGCGCUGGCGUCGCAUGCGCUGAACGGAAUGGCGAAUUCCGUUCCUACUUCGGGUGAGCAUUCAACUUACGAUAAUUUCACCGGCCUGGCUAUAGGUACGGGUGGUGGACAGCCACUAAACGGUGCUCUGCCCUCUCUACCAUCGCCGACCAUGCCUGGUUUCAACAUGGCUGCGCAAACCGCGAACGGCCAACCACCACCACAGGAAGCCGUCUAUACCAACGGCAUACAUCAAACAUUUACUGGACCGGUUCCAGUUACAGCUCAAGGUCUGCCGAACGGAGAGGCUGCUGCAUUGCAGCACGCGGCCUAUCCCGGUAUGCAGCCUUUCCCUGGAGUCGCUUACCCAGCGGUUUAUGGACAGUUUCCGCAGCCAAUUCCACCUCCGAUGUCAACUAUAGCGCCAGCCCAGAGAGAAGGAUGCUCGAUCUCGGGCCCCGAGGGGUGCAACCUGUUCAUCUACCACCUACCUCAGGAGUUUGGAGACGCGGAGCUGAUGCAGAUGUUUUUGCCGUUCGGUAACGUGAUCAGCAGCAAGGUUUUUAUCGAUCGCGCAACUAACCAAAGCAAAUGUUUUGGCUUCGUCUCAUUCGACAACCCCGCAUCAGCCCAGGCUGCAAUCCAGGCGAUGAAUGGAUUCCAGAUUGGCAUGAAGCGACUAAAGGUUCAACUCAAGAGGCCGAAGGACGCUAAUAGGCCCUACUAA